UCUUGUUGAUAUCCGCCGACUCCAUUAGAUUGAAAAAAACUCGUAUAAAAGUCUCAGAGAAGUGCUUUAGCGGACGAGUUGACUCGUUCGUUUUGUUCUUUGUUCAGAAAGACUCUCUGAUAGCUUCGACCUCGCUCUCCGUUCAUCUUCUUCUUCGUUUCUCUCAUCUCUUCUAGAUUUUGACUUCAUAAUAAUCGAUGGAGACUCAAGUUCCACCUAUCUCGGAGGUCAUUGCCCUUACUGAGAAGAAAGUCGCCAUGGCUUUAGAUGAUAUCAUCAAGUUGUCAAAGAGAAAAAAUAAUGUGAAUAGGGGCAAGAAAUCAAGGAGGGAAAAGAAGAAAACCCAAAACUCUAAUGGUGCUGCGAGAAAUGAUACUUCUAAAGUGUCUAAGUAUGUGAACUCACUUUCUUCCGUUAGACAGGGUGCUGUUGCCAAGAGAAGGUCCAAUUUCAAGGGAAAUCUGUUUCCUUCAACAACAAACAUGGCUCAUAAAGCCGCUGCUGCUACUCCACUUGAUGUCCGUGGUAGAGCUUUUCAUGGUGGAAGGAUGACUAGUGCGAAUCAGUCAAGGCGUAUUGCUCCACCAGUUCAAAAUAGAUCUGUACAGGCUAGAGUCAACGCAAAGAGGCAUGAGGUAGAUCAGAAAGUAGAAAACAGAGAAUGGAAGAGUAAGACACUGGACUCUCGGUUCGCAAGCAUGAAAGAGCAGAGAAAGAUGAUUAACAAGUACGGCGCUACAGUUCAAAUUCCAAGAUUGCCACCAUGGGCUAGAGUCGGAAGAUUUCCCCACUGAGAAAACCACAAAGAUUUUAUGGAUCGUUCCAGUUUAGAUUGUGGCUUUUGGGUUUUAAGCAAUGUAAUUCUUUUGUGAAUCUAUGACUUGUUAGGAUCUGACAAUUCCAUCUAAGAAAAUAAUAAGAAGUGAAAUCUUGGGUUUUCAUUCGUUA